AUGUCUCUUGAACUCCUCCGUCACAUCGCGUCAACAGAUAUUUUCGAGUACGCUUUUUUUCCUGUCUCUCCGCCACCCAAUCGACAACAGUACAGCUCAGAAUGGCCGCCAUUACGCGAUUUUAUCAAGGACAGGACUCAACAAAAUAUUGAACUCUAUUUCUCCAACCCGGAUCGACCACCUCUACCUCCGAGUUUCCAGCCAAUCGCGACUGCAACAGGCGGUCUCAAGAUAGCGCCUUUCCCUCCUCGUCGUACCAUAUUACCGGUACCCACAAGCUACAUGACAGUCCAAGAGGCGGCUGACAUGAAGAUGGUGGUAUUUGAGCUUCUGGACCAGUUUGAAUCCGCACCAUUUACCAUCCAACGCGUUUGUGAGCUUUGUCUAGAGCCUCAAAAACACUACACAUCGGUGGGCAAAUACCUGCGAGCGUUGGAGAAAACUCUGCUCGUCACAUCGACCCACAACAGCUUCCCACCUUUGACAGAGAGUGAACGGGAUACUACCAUUCGAACCAUGGAAGCAAUUGGCGGUGCACCAUCGAUUCCUCAAACACCUCUUUUCUCGCCAAUUCCUAUGGGAUUUUUACAUAACGAUGCACGACGCUCUAAAUCUCGUAGUCCGCCACCAUCUCCACUCAUUCUAGCCAAUGCGAGCGAAGCUCAUCCAGACGCACCCGAAACCAAGUCCUUUGGUUUGGUUGACGAGCUUGACAACCCGAAGCCAGGCCACAUGAGCGAACACCCAGUCGCACUGACUGCAGUGACGGAAGGACAGCAGGUGGAGAGUUUGGAAGAGCGCUUUGUCCGUGGUCAAUCUGAUGAAGAAAUGGUAGUAGACAACAAAGAGAAUGCUCCCACAUAA